AUGUCAUCAACAUCAACACCAAUGGCGAACCAUUCUUCGAACCUCAGCGGUCACUCAACCCCCAAUACUCUUGCGUCCAACAAUGGCGGCAGCAAUAGUAGUCAUCACACAGCUACUGGAACAGGCAGUAACCGCUCGAGCACUGGUCAUCAGCUCUUUGCAUUCAAUUCGGAACAACAGCCGUGGCUGAGUCGGCUCGGCUUUCCGAAGAUUACUGUUGAAGUUGUGGAUCAAGCGCAGGAUGAAGACGAGAGCAGGAUACCAACUCGUCGGUCACAGCAACAAGCACCCCAAACCUCUUCAUCACAAAGUUCCGGCAGGCGGUCAACAUAUUCAUCACAAUCGCAUCGCGCCGGGGACGAGUUCUCUGACGAUGAAGACGACGAGGACUUGAGGAGGGCUAUCGCGGAAAGUUUGGCGAUGAGCCAACAUAGCCAAUCACAGUCAACGGUGUCGCUAAUUUCAUCGUCAAGCACUGCUACGGCGACGGCUUUCGAGGCCAGUGUAUCUGCAGUUAUCUGGCAGGUUAUCAACCAGCAGUUCUGCUCUUACAAAGUCAAGACGGCUACAGGAAACUUCUGCAGGAACGAAUACAACGCCACAGGUCUCUGCAACCGCCAAUCAUGCCCACUCGCCAACUCUCGCUAUGCUACCGUCCGUGAGCAAAACGGUGUGAUCUACCUGUUCGUCAAGACACCCGAACGUGCCCAUAUGCCUGCCAAGAUGUGGGAGAAGAUUAAGCUGUCAAAGAACUACGCCCAGGCACUGGAACAGAUUGACAAGGAAUUGAUCUACUGGCCCAACUUUUCGGUUCACAAGUGCAAGCAGCGUCUCACCAAGAUUACACAAUACCUUAUCAAGAUGAGAAAGCUGAAGCUCAAGGCGGACGAGCGCCCCAAGCUGGUUGGAAUCAAGAAGAAGAUCGAUCGCAGGGAAGCCCGGAGGGAGGUCAAGGCAGAGGCAGCAGCACGUUUGGACAAGGCUAUUGAGAAGGAGCUGUUGGAUCGUCUCAAGUCACACGCCUAUGGUGACGCACCCCUCAACGUACACGAGGAUGUCUGGAAGGAGAUCUUGGAUGGCGAGAAGGGCGCUCUUGAGGUCGACAGUGAUCAGACGGACGAGGAUGAUUCUCAGUCAGAAGAGGAGGAGGAAGAAGAAGAGGAGGAGCGCGAAUACGUGUCUGACCAGAGCGAGGACGAGGAGGACAUGGAGGACAUGUUUGAGAAGGAGUACGAGCACGAGACCGUUGAGCUUUAA